GCAGGCUGUGGUUUCUGUGUGUUUCUGGAGUCCUGAGCCUGAGCUAAACAAAAGCAGGAGCUGGCGGGGCUGCCGGAGUUUGCGGAGCCGGAGGAGGAGCGAGCCGGCGCGGUGCCCGCCGCGGCGGGGGGCUGUGGCUCUGCUCGCCCACCCCUCUGCGAUCGCCGGCCGGUGGGGGCUGGGGCCGCGGGCGGGGGAAAGUUUGCCUCGCAAGCCCCCUGCCUGGCUCUGCCUCCUCCCGAUCGCUGCCUGUUUGCAAAGGGAUUAAGCCGGCGAUCUGAGCGCGCAGCCCUUGCCUGCCCGGAGGAGCCGGACUGCACGCCCUGAGCCAGCUCCGAUUUCUUGCGUCCAGUGGGAAGGUGGUUUAUUUUCCUUGCUCUUUGGAGUCGACACCCUUCCCCGGCCGCCCUCCCCCUUCGCCCCGCAACCCCUCCACGCCCCCGCCCCCUCCCCCUCCCCCUCCCCCCACCACCCUGCCCGGAGAGGCAGAGGGAUUUUUUCUUCUGGGCUUCUUUGCCUGCCCUGUUUAUCCUGAAAAGGAUUCGGAGACAGCCGGCCGGAUCGGAGCCGGUGCUUCCCGGGACCGCGCGCAGGAGCCGGGGCCGGCCGGGCUGCGCUGCUCGGAGAUGGACGAGCAGCCCAGGCUGAUGCACGCCCACGCGGGGGUCGGCAUGGCCGGGCACCCCGGCCUGUCCCAGCACUUGCAGGACGGGGCCGCGGGCACCGAGGGGGAGGGCGGCAGGAAGCAGGACAUCGGGGACAUCCUCCAGCAGAUCAUGACCAUCACCGACCAGAGUUUGGACGAGGCGCAGGCCAGAAAACAUGCGUUAAACUGCCACCGAAUGAAGCCUGCCCUGUUUAACGUGCUGUGUGAGAUCAAGGAAAAAACAGUUCUGAGCAUCCGGGGCGCCCAGGAAGAGGAGCCCACAGACCCCCAGCUGAUGCGACUGGACAACAUGCUGCUGGCGGAGGGGGUGGCAGGUCCCGAGAAGGGGGGCGGCUCGGCGGCGGCAGCAGCGGCCGCGGCGGCCUCUGGAGGGGCCGGUUCUGACAACUCGGUGGAGCACUCGGACUACAGAGCCAAGCUGUCACAGAUCAGACAGAUCUACCACACGGAGCUGGAGAAGUAUGAGCAGGCCUGCAAUGAGUUCACCACCCACGUGAUGAACCUGCUGCGUGAGCAGAGCCGGACCAGGCCCAUCUCCCCGAAGGAGAUCGAGCGGAUGGUGAGCAUCAUCCACCGCAAGUUCAGCUCCAUCCAGAUGCAGCUCAAGCAGAGCACGUGCGAGGCCGUCAUGAUCCUGCGCUCCCGGUUCCUGGACGCGCGGCGGAAGAGACGGAAUUUCAACAAGCAGGCGACGGAAAUCCUGAAUGAAUAUUUCUAUUCCCAUCUCAGCAACCCUUACCCCAGUGAGGAAGCCAAAGAGGAGCUGGCCAAGAAGUGCGGCAUCACCGUGUCCCAGGUAUCAAACUGGUUUGGAAAUAAGCGAAUCCGGUACAAGAAGAACAUAGGUUCUUCCAGCUCUUUUAACAUGUCAAACUCUGGAGAUUUGUUCAUGAGCGUGCAGUCACUCAAUGGGGAUUCUUACCAAGGGGCCCAGGUUGGAGCCAACGUGCAGUCACAGGUGGAUACCCUUCGCCAUGUUAUCAGCCAGACAGGAGGAUACAGUGACGGACUGGCGGCCAGUCAGAUGUACAGUCCCCAGGGCAUCAGUGCUAAUGGAGGUUGGCAGGAUGCGACUACCCCCUCAUCAGUGACGUCCCCUACAGAAGGCCCUGGCAGCGUUCACUCCGACACCUCCAACUGACCUCCCCGCACGCGCAUCCCGGCUGACCCUGCGCCCGGCGGGCGGGGCCGGAGGGAGGGUCUCCCACGCCGAAGCGGUCAGACCGGAGGCGCAGCCAUCAGCAGCCACCAUGAGCUCCUCCCUCUCCUCCCGGGAGGCCCUCCGGCCAAUCUGGACACUUCUUUAUACUCUGUCCCUUUUUCUGGGUAGAAGCCAGCCUUCCCUGCCAGCAGCAUCAGCCUGGUGCCCCCACCGCCCCUGCCCCUGCCCUCCACUCCCUGGGCCCCUGCCCACUACAUGUCACUGAAGGAUAUUUUCAACAAUUAGAGGAAUUUAAAGAGGGAAAAAAUGCAAAGAAAACAAUAAAAGCGUUUGUAUGUUUUCACGCUGGUGGUAUGAGGAGCCACGUUACCUCAUCAAGCCCCGUGCCAGGCAGCCCUGUCUCCCGUCACUCACUACCUCUCACAAGAACCGCCCCGCUGCCCUGCUCCUCGGCCUCCCCCGCCCGCUGCCUCCCAGCCGGCUUCCCUGGGUCCUGCCAUAGCCGGGCUCCCGAGGCGCUAUGUCCUGGGUUCAGCUCCACCAGGUAGAUGCCAGGCAGGAAGUCAGCAACAGGAGAGGGCGCGGCCUCGGAGGCAGCGUCCAGGCUUCUCGUCCUCGGACAGCUCCUGGUUUCAGAGGCGGACUUGGGGGACCAGAGGCUGCGCAGCCAGGUGUGGGUCAGCGUGGUGCCAGGUGCAUUACAGAGGGGGGGAGGUUCUCUCCUGAACCCUCCCCUCACAUGCACGUGCACACAUACCUGUAGGCACAUGCACAGGCUCUCACAUGCACUGCCCCACGAUCAGCCACAUGCCUCAUACAGAUGCCUACAUUAGUAACAGUGCCAUCCACCUGUGAGCCCAUGAGAGGGACUCUGUGAAGGACACAGACAAGCAGCCCGCGGGGUCCAGGACCAGCAGCCCCAGCACACACGCGCACGCACACACAUGCACACACGCACGCGCACGCACGCACACGCACAUGCACGCACACGCACACACGCACACACACACACACACGCCAGAACCACCCCACAGGGCAGGCCAGCUCCCAGGGUCCCUCCCUGCUGGCUCUGCCCGAGCCUCAGGCGCGGGCACGCGUGCGGUGGAGUGCUCUGUUCUGUUUUUGUCUGGGCGCUAGGGACCUGCCCAGUUCUGCGCGCCGCGUCUGGGUCUGGAGGACGCGGUGGGUGAGAGCUCGGCGCAGUACCUGUUCGCUGGCUUGUCUGAGGACCUGCAAGUGGCGAAGGCGGGAGGUCCCGGUCUCAGCGAACUCCCCAGGUGACAGUCAUGCUGUGGGCCUGUCCAGGGAGACGCGCAGGGAAACUGUUCUCUGAUGUCGCCUGUUGAGUGGGCGGUGCUCAGCUCUCUCAGGGCCUCGUCCCGGAUCUGUGACAUGCGGUUCUGGCCGGGCUUGCGAGACAGGACGCGGGGCCCUUCUCCCUGAGCUGCAGGGUGAGGGCGGGAGCAGCGUCUCCGAGAGAAACUGGCUGAGGUCAGGCGGCAGCGGCUUUCCUGGUCUAACGUCUGGUCACAUCGGCUCUGUCACCGCGAUGGCAAAGGCAGGUCAUGGCUGUUGCUUGUUUGGUUGCUUUGGUCUGUUUGGCUCCUUAGAAGAGAGAUAACCUCCCACAUGGAAACGUCGGCCCUGGUUCUCAGUUUGUGCUUGAAUCUAAUGUUGGCCUUGCCAGUGCCCAGGCCCUGCUGCUGCAGGGCUUCCGGGGCGUGGCCCUGAGGGCGGCUCCGCGUGGUGCACUAACGGGCAGAAACUGCUCCCACGUGUUGGAGGGCGUGCGUGUUGGAAGGGAGAACGGGGAGACGUUGGGAUCAUGCUGAUGAGGAGCGUGAGGAAGCCACAUCGGGCCGCUGUGCACCCUGAGCCGUCACCGGGUCGGGCUCCACGCAGGGUGCCGAGGGCACCGCGUCUCCAUCCAGCCGAGGAGACCCGUCUCGGGCAGGGACGCGCGGACGCAGGCACAGGGAUACCUCGUGGACGCCUGACCUUGGGUGCAGGGUUCUCCUGCAGCCGCAGGAAGCCCGGUUUGGGCUGAAGGGUUUCCCUUUCGGGUCAGUGGGAAGAUGGGAGCAGAGCGUGGUGCCCGCCCUGCGGCAGCUGCACCCGCUGUCACCACCACACGCAGCCCUCUUUGCACCUUUCCCUUUCUCCCUCCACGGCCACGCUCACAUCCACGUGGCGCCAGGAGGUCUCUCAAGUUAAGCAAACCCUGAGAGCACAGUCAGCCAGCGGGCGGGGUGGACAGAGAGCCUGUGGCGGGCAGCGCCCUGGAGCUCCUGCCCCUCGGGCCCCCCGACCCGCGUGCCCAGGACUCCGCUUCCCAGGGACAGAGGAGCGCGCAGUGUCCUGGCCGCGGUGUCCCCUGGGGUCUGCCCACCUGUAACUGCUCAUCGCGCCCUUCCCCGUCCCUCGCUCCUGGGUGGGGCGGCCCCCGCACACGCCUCUGCCCGGUGGCACCUUCGCGACAUGGUUUUGUUUGGCUGCUGGUUGCCUUUUCUCUCACUUGCCCUCCCCCCUUCCCUUCUGAGUUUUAUUUUUCUGCCCAGAAAAAACCUGACUUCGAUACCAAAAAAAGAUAAAACUACAGAAACUCAAAUUUAAAGAAAACUUUUUAAAAAAAUACUCAACAAUCCUCUCAGCUUUAUUAACAUUUUCCAUUGUUUCUUGCGACUCGUGUCUUGUUCUUUGUAGUACUGAUGACGAACAUUUGAUAAUGAAUGUUCUUGUAUAUUCAGAUAAAGGGAAAAAAAAACCAAAAAAGCGGUCUGGAUUUAAUAGUGUUUAUAAUAAAAAUUUUAAAAAUGACCCUCACAGCACGAAAAGCAGGACGGGGUCGCCUCCGUGCCCACGCCCUCAUCUCCACGUCUGUUUUCACACGGAACGACCCGCAUUGGCCAUGCUCCCCAUUUCUCUUUUAUUUUCUUGCAUUUGUGAAUUAGUUCAAGAAUGCUAGACAAGUGUCGAGUUGUGCACACCCAUUUCCUGUUCCACGAUGUUUAAAAGUGACCGUAAUUCAUUUUGUAAACUAAAAAAAGAAAAAAAGAAAAAAAAAAGUUGGGAUAGUGAGCAUCAUAGAGGUACAACCUAACACGUUAUUAUGUUUCUUAACUUUGAGACCCAGAAAUGAAUUCUUUUUUCCCCCCUUUAUUCCUGCUCUUGAAAAUAUAACAAAAAGAAUGAUGUUUUGUUCUGUGUUACUUUUGGUUUGUUUAUAGGGGUGCUUUUUUUUAAUUGUCAGGAGUAUGAUCUUGCUGUUUUUUUCCUUACACAUGUACCAAGGCGAUGUGAAAAGAGGGCAGCCGGACAGAGGCUGUUUCUGGCUGCUUCGGUUUCGUCCCAGAACUGAGCUGACGUCACAGAGAUCAGGCCCAUGUGGACGUCGCGCCGCUCACCUGCGCCUGGAGUGAGUGCGCCCCUGCAGGCGAGGCUGGGUAGCCAGGGUGCCUCCCUGGCCCAGGGGACUUUUCUUGCAGAGAGUCCCCGGGCGGCUGGGCUGGCACCGGGAUGGGCUGGGGGUCCUGGCUUUGGACAGGGUCCCGGAUGUUAUUCUCACGCAGCCUUUCGGCCGCCGUGCAGCACAGGGUGAGACUGGCUGGACUCGGAUGCUUUUUUAGUUCCAGGAGAAAAGAAGGCGGUAUUAUCAGGAAGGGACUCACUUUUAAACUCUGUCAUUUAACAAAUGACCGCGAGUUCCGAAAGCAGCCAGCACCCGGGUGAGGAAAGUGGAGAAUCAGAGCCAGCCGGGCAGCGGCACUUUCUGGCGGUUUCUACCCGAACCGCCGUCCGCUGGUUCUGUCACAGCCGAACGGCCGCGCGCUUUUCACAUCGCCUUGAUGGUUCACUCCCUUGUGCAAAGCUUUCUGGAAUCUUAUUUUUUGUAACCUUUUUUUUUUUUGCCUUUUGUUAAAAUAAAUGAAACAUUCAAUGUUUCCCCUUUUCUCGCUUCCUCCUUCCCUUUCCUUCGGCACUUCCAGUUACUUUGAAGUGUUUCCCCCGGCUGUUGGUUUUAUCUCUGCUUCCUACCCUGCUCUUAUAUCAGAGUGUAACCCUGCGAAGCUCUGCCCUGUUUGGUUUGAAAGUUGAGCUUUUCUGCUUCUGUGAGCACUGGCUUCGUUCCUUUGAUCCGACGGAAGCUCUGUGUUCUCGAUGAUGAUACUAACACGGUGUAGAUUUUACAGUCUCCUAAUUUGUACUGGUAAUGCAUAUUCCAAAUAAAUAGUUUCUUUUGUUGCAAAAAAA